AUGACUAGACCGACGCAAGCAUUUUCUACAUCUUCUGCAUCAUAUGCAUCUAGAAUAGAAACUCCUUUAAAAGCUAAUGCCGCGCCUACUUCGGCGACAUGCAGGGGGCGCGUUGCGUUUGAAAUCCACAUCAAAGCGUUUAAAGCCAUGUCGGAGUCAGCACUCUCAUUUAUCCUCUUCAAAGAUAGGUUUUCCUCUAGACAUUCAUCUAAAGCGCCAAAGAACAACCACACGCGGGAAAACUCUUGCAUAACCGCUACGAGAGCGUUUACCAGCUCUGGAAUAUUCGGUUUGCUGAAGAGGGAGAUAUACCGCAGCCAUAAAUUGGCAUUGACAGUUCGUUAA